AUGACUGAAUAUAAACUUGUGGUAGUUGGAGCUGGUGGCGUAGGCAAGAGUGCCUUGACGAUACAGCUAAUUCAGAAUCACUUUGUGGAUGAAUAUGAUCCUACAAUAGAGGAUUCCUACAGGAAACAAGUAGUAAUUGAUGGAGAAACCUGUCUCUUGGAUAUUCUCGACACAGCAGGUCAAGAGGAGUACAGUGCAAUGAGGGACCAGUACAUGAGGACUGGGGAGGGCUUUCUUUGUGUAUUUGCCAUAAAUAAUACUAAAUCAUUUGAAGAUAUUCACCACUAUAGAGAACAAAUAAAAAGAGUUAAAGACUCUGAAGAUGUACCUAUGGUCCUAGUAGGAAAUAAAUGUGAUUUGCCUUCUAGAACAGUAGAUACAAAACAGGCUCAGGACUUAGCAAGAAGUUAUGGAAUUCCUUUUAUUGAAACAUCAGCAAAGACAAGACAGAGAGUGGAGGAUGCUUUUUAUACAUUGGUGAGAGAGAUCCGACAGUACAGAUUGAAAAAAAUCAACAAAGAAGAAAAGACUCCUGGCUGUGUGAAAAUUAAAAAAUGCAUUGUAAUGGGUGUUGACGAUGCCUUCUAUACAUUAGUUCGAGAAAUUCGAAAACAUAAAGAAAAGAUGAGCAAAGAUGGUAAAAAGAAGAAAAAGAAGUCAAAGACAAAGUGUAUAAUUAUGUAAAUACAAUUUGUACUUUUUUCUUAAGGCAUACUUAAGUAAAAGUGGUAAUUUUUGUACAUUACACUAAAUUAUUAGCAUUUGUUUUAGCAUUACCUAAUUUUCUGCUCCAUCCAAACUGUUAGCUUUUAUCUUGAAUGCUUAUUUUAAAUGACAGUGGAAACUUUUUUUCCUCUAAGUGCCAGUAUUCCCUGAGUUUUGGUUUUUGAACUAGCAAUGCCUGUGAAAAAGAAACUGAAUACCUGAGAUUUCUGUCUUGGGGUUUUUGGUGCAUGCAGUUGAUUACUUCCUAUUUUUCUUACCAAUUGUGAACUUUGGUGUGAAACAAAUUAAUGAAACUUUCGAAUCAUCCCUAUUCUGUGUUUCAUGUAGUCACAUACAUGGAUUAAUUACUAAUUAUAACUUCAGUUGAGAUUUCAUGAUUCGUUUUACUGAAACAUUGAGGGAACAUGAAUUUAUGGGCUUCUUGUAGAUUCAUCUUGUAGGUAUUAAUGUCCUAUAGUUUCAGUCACCCUUAAUGAAUGUAAAGUUACACUGUU